UGACUUUCAUGGACUGAUGUAACGUGUUAACAUAGCACUUAUUCAUCAUAACUUACACCACAGGGGCAAAACCGGGGGCAGCGCCCAAGAUCUACCCGUGCGGGAGGCAAGACGCCUAAAGUCAAGCCAACGCUUUGUCAAAAACUGAACAAUUUGGUGAGAUUGUAUGGGAGCGAUAUAUUGUCCGCAGACGAUGGCAUGCUGUUUUGCAAACCUUGUGCGAAAACAGUGUGUCAUGUGAAGAGAUAUUUUGUCUCCCACCAUUUACAGACAGCUAAACACAAGGCGGCAGCAGAGAAACUGAAGGCGGGAAAUACGCAAGCUGGUGUCCUCACUACUGGCUCUACUGCUGGCUCCAGUCGCAAAUCUGAGUUUCCGAGAUAUCUCUGCAAGGCAUUCAUUGAUGCUGGAAUUCCACUGUGGAAAUUGGAAAACAAAUCUCUCCGAGGUUUUUUGGAGAAAUACACGGAGCAACCUAUACCGAGCGAGUCAUUAUUGUGGAAAAAAUAUGUUGACAGCAACUUCGACAUUGUCGUGCAGAAAAUCAGAGACAAAGUUGCAUGCAACAAAAUAUGGAUCUCGAUAGACGAGACAACCGAUGCCGUGGGGAGAUAUGUUGCCAAUGUGGUCAUCGGUACACUGGAGGCAGGUCAACCAUCACAGGAGUAUUUGUUGACUUCGGAAGUAUUGGAGAAGACAAACAGCUCAACUAUUGCUCAGUUGUUUACAUCUGUACUUACUGUACUUUGGCCAGAAGGUAUAAAACACGAGAAUGUUCUUCUGUUUGUGACUAAUGCAGCUCCGUACAUGAAAAACGCUGCUUGUGCUCUUAAAGUUUUAUUCCCCAAAAUGUUGCAUUUGACAUGCUUGGCUCAAGGACUCCAUGAAAUUGCAGAGCACAUACGCAGCUUGUUUCCAAAUGUCGAUCGCCUGGUUUCCAACGCCAAGAAAAUCUUCCUCAAAGCACCGUCACGUGUGCAGUUGUUCAAGGAAAAGGCACCCGAGAUUCCGCUACCUCCUCAGGCCACUUUGACUAGGUGGGGUACAUGGCUCUCUGCUGUACACUACUUUGCUGCACAUUUUGAAACGAUAAAAGAAAUCGUGAACUGUUUUGAAGAAGAAGAUUCUGCUGCAGUCAGGAUCGUCAGUGAAAUCAUGCAGAACCAGUCCCUCCACCGCGAUCUUGUGUUUCUUGCUUCCAAUUUUGCAAACUUCCCACAAGCUAUCGCUUCCCUUGAGAAACGUGGCGAAACAUUAACGAAUAACUUGCAAGUUUUCAACGAAGUAACUGACGAUCUCCGUAAAGUUCCUGACGGCGUAGGUAAAGACAUACAAGAAAAAUGUGAGAGAGUGAUUUCAGGUAACAAGGAUCUUGAAGAAAUACAAAACAUCGAUAAAGUUCUCAAAGGUGGUUGUGAUGUACAAGAUAUCGACAUGAAUAUGGAGUCUGUAGCUUGUUUCAGGUAUGCACCAGUGACCUCAGCUGAGGUAGAAAGAAGUUUUCCACAAAUGAAGCAUACUUUGUCUGACACGCGGCAUUGUUUAACACCAGAAAAUAUGAAAAAAAUGCUAGUAAUUAUGUGCAACCAGGAAAUGUAGUAUACCUUUAUAUUAUCAUUUUUAACCAUAUUUUGGUGGUGGAAUUACAUGCCCUUUUAUGAUUUUUUUUGUCAAUAAAUGCCUUUUU